CUUCAGAAGAAGGCGGUUUCCUUGCUGAAGAAUUGUUAUUUGGUUCUCAGAGGUUUUAAAUCCACUGAGAUUCUUCUUGUGGUGUCGGGGUCUGUGUGUUACGUUCUCCUGGUCUUGAGUCGACAUGAGGACGGUGUGAACACUCACGCAAAAUGAGGCUUCACCUUCCCUGGAUGAGGAUUCGGGGAGUAUAUUUGAUGUUGGCAAUCCUUCUCCUGCUUCUGGUCGGUGUGUCCUACGUAGCUCUACUGCCCCCUGCUGAGAAUCAAGCCGGCGUCAGUGUGAUAGGAGUAGUACGCCGCGGUACUGUGAACAAGGACACUCUGGUUCACCGUAGUGACAGCACAGAGGAGCGCAAGUUUACCAUCAUCAUCCAAACAUACAACCGCACAGACAUUCUGCUGAAGCUCUUAAACCAUUACCAGGCUGUGCCUCACCUUCGGCAGAUUAUCAUAGUCUGGAACAAUGUUGGAGGACAGACACCUGAAAAGUUAUGGAACUCUUAUGGCCCACAUCCAGUCCCUGUUGUGUUCAAGGAGCAAACUACAAAUCGAGUGCGCAACCGGUUACAACCAUUCCCUGAGAUUGAUACUGAUGCUGUGUUGAUGCUGGAUGACGACAUGCAGGUCAGUGUUCCUGACAUCAGUUUUGCAUUUACCGUCUGGAAGCAAUUUCCAGACCAGAUUGUUGGAUUUGUACCAAGAAAACACGUGAUGUCAGGAGGAAUUUAUAGUUACGGAAGCUUUGAGCUGCAGGACCCAGAAACAGGCGGUGGUGAUAAAUACUCCAUGGUGUUAAUUGGAGCCGCCUUCUUCCAUCGUCGCUACCUGGAGCUCUUUCAGGAUCAGCCUGAAGCAGUGCAUGCGCUGGUGGAUGAAACUCAGAACUGUGAUGACAUUGCAGUUAACUUUGCUGUUGCUCUGUAUUUAAGAAAACUGUCCAACAGAAUCUCCCCAAAGCCCUCAGGGGUCUUUGUCAAACCAGUGGACCUUCGUAACUUUGAAAAGGACACCAGCGGGUACCAGGGUAUGUGGCAUCGUCCUGAACACUUCCUCCAGAGGUCUUACUGUCUGAACAGGCUGGCAAAGAUUUAUGGCUUCAUGCCACUCUGCUUCUCCAACCUGAUGGUGUCCCAGUUUGGCUUCCCCAGCUAUGCCAACCAUAAAUAAGCACAGUGGAUGAAGUUCUGUAGGGUUGCCGUAGGGCUAUUUGGUUUGAAGUAAGCAAUGAACCAAAAAUGGAAUAUAGGUAAGCAGCAUACUAAUUAAUGAAUUUUUGAAGAUAAAAUUUUAAAUAAUUUUCUGGACUAUGUCUCACCAGCAUACAGGUCACAUCUGACCAAAAAUGCAUCAUGAAAAGAACGAAGGGGCGGGAGCCAACCAUAAGUCACCUUAUUUUUAAUUGAAAUGUUUUGCCACUUUGUACAACAAGCAGCCAAAUGAAAUUCACAGGUGCAUUAUUUAUUUAUUUAGAAUUGUUAUUGUAUGAGGCACAAAUGUCAAGUAAACUGCUUGUGGCUCCUUAAUGGAUGGUCAUAGGUGAGGUAAACGUAUAUUGUAAUUAAAUGUUUGAAACUGUGGUGCAUUAUUUGUAAUUCAAUCUGUGCAUUGGCCAGGAGAAGCUGUCAAGUUAAUUGUUAUUGUACGAGGCACAAAAUAAGUAAGCACUGCUUGUGGUCAUGGAAAGAACGAUAAUAGGUAAAAUGUGCGGUUUAAUUAAACAUGGGAAAACUCCCCGCAUUAUUUAUCCAGUGGCUUUGCAUUUCGAAAUAUCACAAACUCUUGAGGUGCGCAAUUUUGUGUGAAAUACAUGAGGGGCAAUUUCCAGUUUGUAACUUGUAAUCUGGACCUUUCUGUGUGCAGUUUGCAUGUUCUCCCCAUGUUUGUGUGGGUUCCCUCUGGUUGCUCCGGCUUCCUCCCACAUCUACAAAUAUAAAGGUUAGGUGAACUGGGAAGUUGAAAUUGACCGUAGGUGUGAGUGCAGGUGUGAAUGUAUUUGUUUGUUUAUAUGUGGCCCCACGACAAACUGGCAUAAUCAUAGUGCAUUGUGGGAAAAUGGUACUGCAUUUAUGGACAUGCAAAUGGGUUGCCCGGGAAAUGCGGCACUUCCGACGAAGCAGCGAAUCCGAAGGCGAGAAUUCAUACUUUUGUGAUUGGCUUUGUCUAUUGAAAUAAGCUGGUUUUGUUUUGUCUCUAAUUUGCUUCUAACAGCCAGCUGACGGCUCUCAUUGCUUGGAACGGUGAGAUUUAUACACCAAGCUGAGCUGAAAUGAACUACUGUACAUUAAAUUGACUUUAUUGACAUGUCUGACCCCUUUGAAAAAUGACCAAAUUCCAUGUAUUUGUAAUGCAGUCUGCGAUGUUUUCAGCGACCAAAAACGGCCACCACAGGGCGCUUGGGUAAAGUCCACGGCAACCCAUACUGCACUGCGAGUAGAAGCUAACAAGCUAACUGUUAUUGUACGAGGCCCAAAAUUUUAGAAAACCUUUGUGUGCCCUCUAAAACAUUCAAUGUAACAUUUUAAAACUUGUAAAAGAUAAUAGCUUUACCUUUCCAGCUGAGUGUAGUGGACGUGCUGUUAUUCUUGAAACUUAUAUUUCAUGAAACUUAUUACAUUAUGAAACUUAUAUUUUAGUCAGUGUGUUCUUUUAGUUUGAGAACAUGAUUUCUUAAAUUCUUUCAGAUAAUCUUUUUCUUCUGCCUUAAUGGUGUACUACCGCCACCUUCUGCUCUGGAGCAUGAGUCACAGCAUACCAUUCAGUUACCUGCAGCUUAUUACAACUGACACAAAAGAUCAGGAAUGUUUUUUCACAAGAGCUCAAACUAAUACACACAAAAAAGUGAUUUAUAUUUAGGAAUUUUUUUCUUUUUUUUUUUCUUUUUUACCUGUUGUGACACCAAUUGCAGUGGAGGGUGCAAUACUGCAUUCAUAGCUUGGGCUUUGAAUUGCUUGCAUGAGAAUGGGAUGGAGGAAAAACGAAAGAAAUCUAUAAAAUUCUUCCCCCCCAUGGUCUUUCUGUGUUGAGUUUGCGUGGGUUCUCUCCAGUUGCUCCGACUUCCUCCCACAUCCAAAAACACGGCAGGUUUAGUGAAUUGGAAUCUUUAAAUUAUGUAGAUGUGUGUG